UCGGUAGCAGCUCGUUCACACGACGCCAGCACGCACGUGCUAGCUAUGGCCACAUCACGAUGUACGGCGGCUGCACGGCCGCCGCCGGCGAACUUGCUGCUGUACUUGUCGCUGUCGCCGGCGAGCAAGAUCAUCGCCAAGGGCGGCAAGCAGCAGCGGGUGCGGCUGGUGGACGGCGCGUUCCAGUGCCGCACCUGCGGGCGCGGCUUCGCCACGUUCCAGGCGCUCGGCGGACACCGGACCAGCCACAAGCGGCCGAGGGUGCGCGCUGACGGCCUCGAUCUUCUUCUUGGCGCGAGGCCCGGCAAAGACACCGCGAGGGAUGUCCACCGGUGUCACACCUGUGGCAAGGUGUUCCCCACCGGGCAGGCGCUCGGCGGGCAUAUGCGCCGCCACAGGGCAGCGUUCCAUGUUGCCGCCGUGCCGGAGGCGAUGGCGACGUCCGGCUUGUCGGAAGAGGGUGAUGACGACAAUGACGCGGGCCACUGGCCCAGUACCUUAAUCCACUUCAUAUGAGUGAUCAUUAUAAUGAUCAAUAAAAUGUCAACAAGUUAGGUCGUUUGGACUGGUUGAUUUACGUACACCUCCUGUUCAUGAUUACGUAUAUACAUACAUACGUUACAUAUUUUAUUUUACUGUAAUGGCUACUGUAAUGAUAAGUAUUGUUU